GAGACGCGCCAGAUCAUUCUCUCGCAGCAUCUCUCUAAACAACAUGACUGGACUAAACGGACAGAGAAUGGACGCAAACGUCGUUGUUCUCGGUACUGACAAUGUUGGAAAAUCUGCUCUCAUUGUCCGGCUCCUGACUCGCAGAUUCAUUGGAGAAUAUGGAGAUAUCGAGUCACUUUACACUCACAAUAUUGUUGUGGAUGGACGAGAGCAAACUCUGAAUAUAUGGGAUGCACCAUAUUCACAGGACCCAUCCUCUGAGACCUUGUUGUGUGAGAAAAGACUUCAGUGGGCAGACGGUUUGGUGCUGGUCUACAGCAUUUGUGACCGAGCCAGUUUCAACACUGUCUCCAGACUCGUCCAAACAAUAAAAACCACCAAGGACUUUCUUGGCUUUGAGAAGAUGCCUAUAGUUAUAGUGGGAAACAAGAGAGACCUGCACCAUCGCCGUACAGUGCUCAGCGAGGAGGGCCGGCUGCUUGCACUCUCAGCGGAUUGUCAGUUUUAUGAGGUCUCGGCUGCUGAGAACUACCACGGCGUCCUCAUGGUUUUCCAUGGGCUGGUGGAUCGCAUCAGAGAAUCCAGGGUGUCUGUGAAGAAGUUAGCAGGCAUUAAGGGAAUUGUGAAGAGCAUGUCUGCAGUGUUCGCCCGCAGGCGUACAGAUUCACUGUGAAGCUGAUGGGAGUUCUGAAAAAAAGCUUAUUAGGUCUGAUUCAACCUAUUUUAGAUCCGUUGAGAGAGAUGAACCCUUGCUCUGGUUCAGGAUCUCUCAUGUAACUACAGCAGGACCUUCUGCUUGGGCACUUAAGAGGUUGCCCUAACAAGUCUGUCAAGGUGAUGGCUUCCAUUGAGAACAUGUCGAAUAUGGGGAGCUCUCAACAAAAUGCUUAAGAUGCUGUGUGAUAGCAGGUCAUAUCAAGCAAAAGUGGAGUGAAAAGUCCAUUGUAUGGGGAGAAAUAGUAUAAAUAAGUCCUUUAGGGUGUGUUCACACUUGGCAAGUUUGAAGUUUUGUAUAAAAUAAACUGAUCGAUAAAAUGACGCAGUUCAUUUGAAUAAGCGUAAAUGCUGCCAUCCGAAGCCUGAUACAUGCCAAACAAAUUGACUUAGACACCUAAAAAGUGGGUCUUAGUCCACUUUUGGGUUUCACACUAGUUGUAGCUGACAAAAUAUCAGAUACAUUCUGUUAGAAUAUACAUUAAAAACCAGUUUUGGUUUUUCCAACUAAAUUAAGUUUUAAAAUGUCAGUGUGGAUGCUAAGUAAACAAAAAGGAUUUAGGAACCAUUACUGUGGUUUACAUAAGAUUUUGGGAUCUCUAAUGUGACCACAGCUGGUCUGGACCCUCUGUAUGGGCAACUAAGACUGCAUUUACACUAAUGCAAUUUUAAUUUUAAAAUGGCGUCUUAGACUAAAAAUGUUCCUUGUCCAUAUUG